UAACGUUUUCGUGCGCGCAUAUAACAAAGAUUAGACUCGCGUGCUUGGUACCAAGAAAUAUCCUUGGAGUGAGUGCUCUUCCUCAGGAGCAAAGAGUAAAUAAAUCCAAGAUGUCUCCGUUGUCAAAGUCGUGGAGUUUGUCAGGCAUGAGAGUGAUAUCCGCUUGUAUACGGCACCAUUCGUCUCUCACAACUGAACUGAUUGAAAACAUGGAUAAGAAAGCCACCUGGGACCGCUUCUACACCGAGACCAGCAGCAAGUCACCGGCCACCUUCAAUAACUUUGAGUGGUUCUUUGGUUUCGAUUCUGUCCGAGAAUUCAUUAUGCCCCUCUUCCAGACGACGUCCCAUCCAGAUGCUCUGCUGCAGGUCUUGGAUAUGGGCUGUGGCACGUCUGCAUUAGGCCCCUCUAUUUACAAACACUCUCCUGUUCCAGUCCGUGUCACUUGUGCAGACAUUUCACCCAUAGCUGUGCGACUAAUGCGGGAACACGUUCAAGCCAAAGAGAUUCAGCCUCACAAUCCGUCUUCUCGGCUCGAGUUUGUAGAGCUGGACUGCACACAGCUCGACAAGCACUACGACCCCAGCAGUGUGGACCUCAUAGUUGACAAAGGGACCACAGACGCCCUGCUGAGGUCUAAGGAAGGCAAAGGCAAGGCCGGCCUCGUGCUGCAACAGUGUUUAAGGGUGUUGCGGAGCUCGGGGUCCCUGCUCCAGUUCUCUGAUGAGGACCCUGACGCUAGGCUGCCGUGGUUGGAGGUGGCGGCACAGGAUCUGGGGUCGGUGGUGGCAGAUGUUGCGGUGCAGGAGGUGGGGGAGCUCAAAGGAGUGUGGUACUACUGCUACCAAGUGACUCCUCGAAAUAGUGUAUAGCAUCUCCCUCUGGACAGUCAUAAUAUUAAAUAAGUACAUUAUUCAA